CAAACGGUUCCGGGCCCCGCACGGUCCCGCCCGCCGUGCCCGCCCCCCCUCCCCGCCCUCCCCCGCCCUCCCCUCCCCCCCCGCCCGGCGCUGCCGCUGCCGCGUCCCCAUGGCCUUCGCCCCGGAGGAUCCGAUUUUGGAGCGUUAUUUCAAAGGCCACAAAGCUGCGGUGACCAGUGUGGAUUUCAGCCCCAAUGCCAAACGACUUGCCAGUGCCUCUUGGGAUACCUUUCUCAUGCUAUGGGAUUUCAAGCCACAGCCCAAAGCUUUCCGCUAUGUGGGUCACAAGGAUGUUGUGACCAGUGUACAGUUUUCUCCACUUGGAAACUUAGUGGCAUCUGCCUCACGAGACAGGACUGUUAGAUUAUGGAUUCCUGAUAGGAAAGGGAAAUCUUCUGAAUUCAAAGCACAUACUGCCCCUGUUCGAAGUGUAGAUUUCUCCUGUGAUGGCCAGUUUCUCGCUACAGCUUCUGAGGACAAAUCCAUCAAAGUUUGGAAUAUGUAUCGGCAGCGCUUCCUGUAUUCCUUGUACCGGCAUACCCACUGGGUAUGCUGCGCCAAAUUUUCAGCUGAUGGAAGACUAAUAGUAUCAUGUAGUGAGGAUAAGACUGUUAAAAUCUGGGAUACAACAAAUAAACUGUGCAUUAAUAGCUUUACAGACUCUGAAGGGUUUGCGAACUUUGUGUCUUUUAACCCCAGUGGUACGUGCAUAGCUUCAGCAGGUUCUGAUCAUACAGUGAAACUCUGGGAUAUAAGAGUAAACAAGUUACUUCAGAAUUACCAAGUUCACAGUGGUGGAGUCAACUGUUUGUCAUUCCAUCCUUCGGGUAAUUAUCUCAUCACUGCCUCAUCUGAUGGCACCCUUAAGAUCUUGGAUCUAGUAGAAGGAAGACUCAUAUAUACGCUUCAAGGACACACGGGACCCGUCUUUGCUGUUUCCUUUUCAAAAGGUGGCCAACAGUUCACAUCUGGAGGUGCUGAUGCUCAGAUUUUAUUGUGGAAGACAAAUUUUGAUGAAAUGAAUUAUAAAGAUCUUCUGAAAAAAAACAUCAAACGAUUACAUUUUGACGCCCCACCUCAUCUUCUUGAUAUUUACCCAAGAACUUCUCAUCACCAUGAAAGAAAACCUGAUUCAAUUGAGAUUAAUCCCAAGCUUGAAGUGAUGAAUUUACAGACCUCUGACCCCCUGGUUGUAGAUAUUCUUUCAUCUGAAUCUCCAAAUACAACGGGAAUCCUGGCUGCUAAUGAAACUCCUCCUGAUGAUAGCAGCCCCCACUUCCUGAAUCCUGCAUUAGCCCCUUCUUCAACGGCAAGCUCCACAGUAAGCCUGGAGAAGAAACCGGAAGACAAGGGAGACAGCCCUUUCACUACUGCUGAGGGCCAGAAGAGCAUCCCAUUGGCUGUGACUGAUGCCUUGGAACACAUCAUGGAACAGCUGAACGUCUUAACCCAGACCGUAUCUAUUCUGGAACAGCGACUAACAUUGACAGAGGAUAAAUUGAAAGACUGCCUAGAAAAUCAACAGAAGAUUUUUAACAGAGAACAGAGAAGUUGAAGAGAAAGUUUAAAUAGACUGAAUACCAACAAAUGCCUGUUUAUAGGAUCUUAGAAAGGUAAUAGGAGACACUUCUUGUACUUCAACAACAAGCAGACCAUUACAGCAUUUCUUAAGUCUGAGCACCAGAGCAAAAUCAAAUAAAAAAAACCCAAAAACUCACAUACAAGGACUAAAGUAAACAUUUACAGGGAUGGAAGUCAAGACCAAUUGAAAAUAAUGUCAUUUGGAAUUUUUUAUUUCUACUUAGUUAUAUAGUUGUAGUUUCUCUGUGGUGUGUGUAAGUGGAUAUGAAUUUCCCCCUGUAGUAAUCAAAAUGACAGUUCUCAUUUAGUGGCUUAAUCCUGCCAAGUUAAGAGCCCACUCUCUGAAUGUAAUUAGUCACAUCACAUCAGAUUUAACUCCUUUAAGCAUUGAAUGGGGUUCUUUAGAGAGCAGAGCUCACUAAAGGAUUUAUAUCAGCCUCCACAAAUACUUUAACAAAUCCAGGGAGUAGGUUACUUACCUGACCACUCUCCAUUCCAUUGAGACUUUUACUAAAAAAUAAAGCUUCCUUUCUUAAUAAUGCCUUGAAAAAAAACAAUCUAAAAAGAAUAAGACCCCAAGAAUUUCCCCAACAAGGUAACAUACUAGAUGUAAACGUGACUUUUGACUAACAAAAUGAUGGGCAAUGUUUUUUUUUUUUUUUUUUUCAUUUGUUUUCCCCUGUCUUGCUGGCAGUCAGCUCCCUCCUUCCUAGGGGGAAUAGCUGUCAUUAAGGACAGUGAAUAGGUAUGGAAACAUGGAAGCACUUAAUUUCUUUCCUUUGAAUGAUGAAUACACUGCACCAAUGCCUGGAAGCAAGGGUUCUUAAAGAUUAUGUUAAUGUGAUUUCAGGCUGCUCUAGAGCCAAAAAGGAGCAAGAGGGAUAAAACACAUUGCAAUAUUACUGGUUGAGAAGGGUGAUUUCUGGCUACUGAAUAGUAAAGCCCUUUUUUUAAAAAAAAAAUUUUUUUAACCUGCCUCAUCAUCUAACAAUUUUGCCACAAAUGGUGGUUGAAAAACACAAUAAAAAUGAACUGAGCCUUACUAAAGAAUCUUCAUUUCAGAUUGAGUUUUGUUUUGUUUUAUCUUUUUUUUUUAAAACAAGGUUGAAGAUCAAAGUAAAGAAAACUAAGCAAAUUAUUGAAGCACAUGAGAUUUUUACAGUCAUAUAUUAGCUUGUGUAUUUGGUUACAGUUAUCUUAUGACUGUCGUUAACCAUAUGUAAUCUAUAAAUUCUAUUACUGGUAUCAAGAUCAAAGAGAACACUAAAGAAAAAAAUCAAUUCUUAUUUACAAUGUCUGCAGGUGACUAGGGAAAGGGAGCUAGAUUCUGUUUUUUAAAUGAAACCCUUCAUUGUGUGUGUAAAUGUAUACAUUUGAUAUUCUCACACCUUAAUUUUACUUUAUCUAUGAGGUCAGAAAUUACAUUUUUGGUCAUCUCUUCAUGGGGUAUAUGAGACAUGGUUUUUAGACAUUUCCAAAUGCUUACAAAGAUUUAAUGGCGUUUUUUAAAUAACUUUCCUGAGAAAACCAAAUCUCUGUUUACUUCUCCAUUCUGUUCUUCAAAUAAUAAAGACUAUUUCUAUAACAA